CCGGGCCCCACCGCACGUGUCACUUGAACCUGUACUACGUACUAUAUAUACUCCUCCCGAGCAGAGCAACCCGAAGCAGAGCCCACUGGUGUAGUGAGAGUCACCAAAAAGGCCAAAACACAACAUCACCGUUGAUCUCUGAUGGAGUCCGACGCGUCGACCUCCCCGCGCCGGAGUGACAGCAGCGACUCUUCCACCUGCUCCGACGGCGAUGACCUCCUGUCCUCGUCGUCCCCCAAGGGCACGGGGAUACACCGCCUGCCGCCGCUGCCCUGCGCCACCGAUGGCGCCAUCGCGGCCCUGGUGGAGGAGCUCGAGUCGCCCGCGUCGUCGCUGGACGACCUGCGCCGCGCCGCCAUGGAGCUCCGCCUGCUGGCCAAGCACAGCCCGGACAACCGCCUCCGCAUCGUGGCCGCGGGGGCCCUGCCGCCGCUGGUGGCGCUGCUGUCCCGGCCGGACCCGCUGCUCCAGGAGCACGGCGUCACCGCGCUGCUCAACCUGUCGCUCCGCGAGGACAACAGGGGCGCCGUCGUGGACGCCGGCGCGGUCGGCCCGCUGGUGCGCGCGCUCAGGUCGGCCGCGUCCCCGGCGGCGCGCGAGAACGCGGCCUGCACGCUGCUCCGCCUGGCGCAGCUGGACGGGUCAGCGGCGGCGGCCAUCGGGCGCGCGGGCGCCGUGCCGGUGCUGGUGUCGCUGCUGGAGUCGGGCGGGGCGCGGGGCAAGAAGGACGCGGCGACGGCGCUGUACGCGCUGUGCAGCGGGGCCCCGGAGGAGAACGGGCCCCGCGCGGUGGAGGCCGGGGCGGUGCGCGCGCUGCUGGAGCUGAUGGGCGAGCCGGAGCGCGGGAUGGUGGAGAAGGCGGCGUACGUGCUGCACGCGCUGGUGGGCACCGCGGAGGGGCGCGCGGCGGCCGUGGCGGAGGGCGGCGUCCCCGUGCUGGUGGAGAUGGUGGAGGGCGGCACCCCCCGGCACAAGGAGAUGGCCACGCUGUGCCUCCUCCACGUCUGCGAGGACAACGCCGCCUACCGCACCAUGGUCGCGCGCGAGGGCGCCAUCCCGCCGCUCGUCGCGCUCUCCCACUCAUCCGACGCGCGACCAAAGCUCAGAGCCAAGGCAGAGGUGUUGGUCGGGUUGCUGCGGCAGCCGAGGAGCGGGAGCCUGUUGCGGGCGCGGCCGUCGGUGGCGGCUUCAAGGUUGCCGGCCGGUCUCUGUAAUUAGGGGAUGUUUGGUUAAUGUAUAGCCUUGUCAUAACUAAGUUUAGGUUAGUUGAGGGAUGGUGGCACUAGUGUGGCUUAGAAAUAGUUGAUCAUAAGUGUGGCAAAAUUAGCUUUAAAUUUGAAUUUGAGAGUAUGGCAUGUGGGUCCCAGGCUAUAAAAGUGUGGCAUGACAUAAUUGCUAUAGCGAACCAAACACAUACCUAAGAAAUUGUGGUAUAACUAAAGUGUAGCGUGGUAAAGUGUGGCAACCAACCAAACAGUCCCUUAGUACUAGCGUAUAAUAUUUACUAGGUGUGUAUUAUGUAAAUAGUAUUACGAGUAUCUCAUUAGGCCAUUCCAA